GCGUAAUCACCGCCAUCUUGUUUGUGGAUAAUGGCUGGACGUACUUCGAAGCUAAGAUAUGCGUGAAAUUUUACAGUAGCAGUCCUUCCUAAACAUUAAAAUGGCAACUCAAACACAAACACUACGUGGGAAAGCUAGCCUUAAUCCUUCCAGGACCCACGAUUACCUGUAUGACUCCCACUAUGUGCUGGCCAGUGAGAGAGAUCAUGCCAGGGCCACGUUUAAAGCCCACACAAGUACAGACAGGGUUAAACGUGUGCCCAACUACACGACGAUGUUUAGCGAGCUUCGUCAUCACCCCAGAUUUGGAAUGCGUCUGGAUGUGACGGAUCCCGUGCCCAAGUUUAUCUCCCGCCAGUGGCGCGGCUAUGCAGACCAGCAGAGAGAAGCUCUCAUCAGAUACACAACCUUCAACUAUGACCCGUCUGUGCAAGUUUCAUCCAAGCAUUUUGCCAAUGCUGAAGUUGCUGGCAGAAACAGAUACAAGUUCUUCAAGAGACCAAUCAUCCCGUUUCUGCAGCAAGUUCCUCCUGAGGUCCUGCUGGCCACAUCAAGACAAGAUCCCCUGGCCGGCCCUGACCAGGUCCAGAUGGAGCGACCUCCGACACCCCUGGUGAAGACCGUGGAGACACAGACUGAUUAUCGUGACUCUGAGGCUCAGACUGACCCCUACACCCCCGAGUAUGUGGUGAGACCAGGGGAGGCGCCGGAACUCCUGACUCUAGCUACAUUGUCAUACGGUCGGGGUCUCCCAGCUGGGCUUGCUGAGGUUGAAAUGAUUGAACGUGCACGAGCCAAGCGGGCAUGGGAGGCAACUCUGCCGCCCCUGAGCGACACGUCUCAGCUGGACAAGAGACGUCGCAUGAUGGAUGAGAUGGAGACGAAGGAAUGGGCGCUGAGAGAACAGGAGAUUGAAAAACUGCAGGAGGCCAGGCUGGAGGUGCUGAAGAAGCUGCUGAAACACAGGGAGGAGAACCACCAGGAGCUCAACAUAAAGAGACUCGAUAAACUCUGGUCCAAGAAACAGAGAGAGAAGGAACACCGUGUGAGGAAAAUCAGGAAUGAGCACAUCAAGAUGAUCAGGAAACUAACGGGGAAACGUGAACACGUUGAGGGGAAACUCCAGCGCCGAGACGUGAUUCAGGACUACUCCGACUUCGCCUCCCAGAGCUAUGCUCCCAAGACGAGAGUGGGCAUCUUCAUUGACCGGGGUUCUGAGCAGUUUGUUGUCAAGAGCAGGCAUCUCACCACGUACCAGGGUCUGUUGGAGUUGGAGGCGUCACUGCCCGACUUUGUGAUGCAGCCCCGGGUGAAGGCCCCCAAGCCCAAGACGGUCACCAAGGCUGGCUUCAUCAAGCGCAAGUACCGCCAGCAGAGGGAGCUGAUGGAGAUGCACGAGUCCAUCAAGGAGGCCAAGUUCCGAGGGGAGGAGGCUGCCAAGCCUCUGCGAUUCCUUCAAAAGAUAGAGAAGCCAGUACCCCGCCCACCUACACCCUCAGUGGAGGUGCCAUCACAGCUGGAUGAAGAGAGAGAGCUGGCCACCAUCUUCCUCCAGCAGGUGAUCCGAGGCAGAGCCAUCCAGAACAUGAUGUUCGAGGGCAAGGAGAAGAGGAUGGAGCUGAUCCACGAGCUGCGGUCCACACACGCCCUGCAGGAGGCGGAGCAGACGGUCAAGAAGCAGGAGAUGCAGGCCACCAUCGCCCUCCAGCGACAGAGACGGCUUCACGAACACAAGGAGUCCCUGGUGGAUGAGGCACUUAGCCAGGUGGAGGGCUCCAGCCUGGGAGACAUGUUUGACUUCCUCAGCAAGGAGCUGAUACGCCUGCAGGAGGAGCGGCGGAUCCAUGCCUUCUCCAUGCUGGCAGAGAGACAGCGCCGUAUCCGGGAGGCGGAGGAGAGCGGGAGGAGACAGGUGGAGGAGAGGAGAAGGAGGGAAGAAGAUGAGAUCUUUAAACAGGCGGUGAAGGUCCAUCAGAACUCCGUGGACACCUUCCUGGAAGACAUCAUCCUCGGCUCCAUCAACAACACCGCCGACCAGCAGGCCCGGCAAGAGAUCCAGGAGAUAGCCGUGACCAUCAACGAUGUGGCAUAUGACAUCGAGGAGAAACGGUCCCAGCUGGAGUCGGAGGAGAUUGUGGCUGACCUUGUCCACUGCUUCCUGCUUCCAGAGGUGCAGAAGACAACCGUCCGAGAGAAAGUGAGGAGACAACAGAGGAAGUAUUUGCUCGCUGCCCACAAACAAAUUCACAAGGAAGGAGAGGAGAUCAUUGACAUGAACGCCAAGGCUGUUCCUUCCUCCGCCCCACGACUUCUGACCGCCGGGCAGGAGGAGGAAGAGUUGAUUGAAGCACCCGUCAGGGACUCGGAUAGUCGUCAUAGCGACACAAGCGUCAUUCUCCCAGAAAAACCAAGAACAGUUUAAAGACAUUAUUACAAGAACAAUUGAAUGUUUUGUACAGUUGUCAAGAAGAUAGGAUUCCUUGUUUUGCAAACACAUGUCCUGAAUAUAUAUAUCAACGUUUGUUUGUUUUGUGUUCUCUGAUCUUACAACAGACUGAUUAGAAUCAGUAUUAAAUGAUUUAAAGAAGUUGAAACAAAUGCAAGAUUAUUACAUCUGAAGUCAUCUAAAACCAUUCAUUUCAAGGAUAUGUUGUCAAUGUUAACACAUCAUAAUCCUUUAUUUAUUCAUAAUGAUUUAGUUCUGUUUUUUUAUUUUUUGGAUAUUAAUUGAACCACUUUUUUUAAUCAAAUGACAAUAUCAAGUUUUGUUGUGGACAUUUUUUAUCUGACUAUGUGAAUGUAUAGCAUCAUGAUAUGGUAUAUUGGAAAUUGAAUAUUGAAGCAUGAUGUGACUUUUGUACAGACCUUUCUUAUGUGUACAUACCAUUGUCUGUGAUAGUGUUCUCACAUUCCGUCCGUGAUGGCCAGUGUAAAUACAUAUUUAUCAACA